ACUUCUGCUUAUUUCUGUGUUUCUGCAGAUCCCAGUGAGGUACUAGGUUUGACCAAUGACGGCCUAAGAGGAACAAGAGAAGACCCAGAGUUUUCUACUCACCAGAGCCACAGUGUCAGAACGGUCCAGCAGUAUGCCAAGCCAAACCCUCAUCUAGCUCCCAGUCCAUAGUGAAGACCUAUUACAAUGGCUCAGACUUACUCCGUAAUGAGAGAGGAUCUAUGUUUACCUACAUCCUCUAUGCUGCUCUGGGGCACUUUUUAAUUAUGUCUUAUUUGGUCCUCUUGAAUGACUUUUGGCCUGCUCAUAAAAAAGAUACUCCGUUAGAUGUUCCCUCGUCCCAGGCAUCUCUGCGGCACUGUGGCUAGCCCCAUGAGGCUGUGUGGCGCACUGCUCCCAGAGGAAUUCCCUGUGUGUCUGUAAGGCCUCCUCCCCACUCUAUGGAGGCGGAGCCCAGCCAUCCUGCUGAUGGUGAGCGAUCCGGAAGGCAACAGCAGCCUCUGUCUGCUGGGGCCGCUGAGUCCCCCACAGGGUCCUGUCCACCUCAGCCACAGCAGCCGCCAUCCAACCCCCGCCCCAUCCACGGUGGCCUGGGAUGCCUCCACCACCGCAAGCCUAAACGUAGCGACCUGCUUCUCAUGCUCCAGCAUCAGCACAAGACCCAAGCAGCAGCAUGGCAGCUCUCAACAGACACCCCAGGUCCUUCAGGAGGCAGCAUCUCCUCCCCCUCCACCUCAUCCCUACAAUCCUCCUCUACCCAAGGCGACAACACUCAGGGGGUCCAGUCCCAGCCCAAUCAGGAAGCCCCAGAGGGCAGCCCGUCUAAAAGAAGUGAGAGGAAGCCCCAGAAACCGGGGAAGUAUGUGUGCACUUACUGCGGCCGUCCAUGUGCCAAACCCAGCGUUCUCCAGAAACACAUCCGCUCUCACACAGGGGAGAGGCCUUACCCCUGUGUCCCCUGUGGCUUCUCCUUCAAGACCAAGAGUAACCUGUACAAGCACCGCAAGUCCCACACCCACCGAAUCAAGGCAGGCCUGGCGUCCAGCCGGGACGAGCUGAGCCUGAGCGGACCUGCGAUGAGCGCCCCGGGAGAGGAUCCCGAGGAGCCUACAGAGGGGGAGAGCACAGACUCUGAGUCGUCGUCAGGUCAGUACAGGAAGGAGAGGUUGGGCAAGCAGAAGAGUAGCAGCAGUUUGGCGCUGUUAGGGCAAGAGGAGGGCCAGAGGUCUGACAACUCCCAGGCCGUGAAGCAGAGACUGGCCAUGAGGCUGAGUGAGAGGAAGCGAGGCCCCAUGGCCUCCCCAGAAGACCCUCCCUCCUCCUCCACCUCCUCCUCACUAGGCCCCAGCAGUAAAGGCAGCCAAGAGUCAGGCUACUUCUCCCUUUCGAGGAGCACUGAGAUGAGCCGAGCUGACUCCCAGGUGAGCCCUCCCACCGCCAAAACRUACGCCGAGAUCAUCCUGGGCAAGUAUGGACGGCUUGGAGGGCAGCAGCGCGGUCCCCAUCAUCAGCACGCCCACUCUUCACCAGGGAUGGAGGAGAAGAGCAGCAUGCCCUUCAGCGUGCCCAAGACGCAGGUCAUCGAGCACAUCACCAAACUCAUCACCGUCAACGAGGCGGUGGUGGACACCAGCGAGAUCGACAGCGUCAAGCCCAGGCGCUCCUCGCUCUCCAGGAAGAGUAGUCUGGAGUUACCCAAGUUCUCCUGCCCCAAAGACCCCUAUAUGUUUGAGCCUAAGGGAGAAAGUCCAAGCUCCAGUAUGGCAGGCCAAUCAUUCUUUCCCCAUGUCCAAGACGUGGACCCAUCUGGGGUCCAGGAGUCUUCCUCCUCAGUGCCUCUGCUGAGAAGCCACUCCAUGCCCACCUCAGCAAGCCAGGGAAACCACUCCACCACCUCUCCCUGGGGCUUCUGUCGUCUGAGCCACUCCUUUGAUGAGCAGCAGGCUGUGGUGGCCGAGAUGAGGGUGGGCGGGCAGCACCGUUUGCUGAGGCGCCAGCCCGCCAUCGAGGUGCCCCUCGGGGCUGAACUCAGCCUGGAGGAGGCUGGCCCCUCCUACGCAGCAACAGAAAGUGGCCUAACCAGGAAGCUGCAACAGCAGCAACAGCAGCAACGCAAAGGUCCAAGGCUCUAUGAGUGCAAGGCCCGCUGUAAACAAAGGGAGAGUUACGAGGCCCACAGGGGUCUUUGCACAGGCCAGCCAAUAAAGGAGCUGGAGAGAGGAGAGGUGGAUGGGGCGUGCCGGGAUGACCGUCCCCAGAUGAUGCACUAUAAAUUCCGGGCACUGGCCAUGGCAGUGAGGAAGAGGAGGAAAGAGGAGAGUCUGGAGGAGGAUCCUCCCAGCCCCGGGCCUACAGCUGUUGUGACCUGCAGCCCCGCAACCACCACUGCAGUGCCAAGCCUGGUGGAGCAGAGUGAGGAUUUCUCAGGUGCUCUCUCACAGGCUGAGCAGCAGCAGCAAGACAGGAAGGGCAUCUCUGUCAUCCAGCACACCAGCUCCUUCGAGAAGCAGGAAAGUAUAUGCAUGGAGAGCCAGGAGUCUAUAGAGCUCAGUGAGAGCCAGUCAACACUGCAAAAACAGCCGCAGCCAAAAUCAUCUCGCUCCAUGUCCCGCCUGGUCCGCCAGCACAACAUCCAAGUGCCAGAGAUCCUAGUGACGGUGGAGCCUGACGCUGAUAUGGUGUCAGUGUCGCCCACGGUGACGGCAUCCUCGUCCAAGGAGCCAGAGAGAGUGGUAGAGGAGUUCCAGUGGCCUCAGCGCAGCCAGAGUAUGGCUCAGCUCCCCGCCGAGAAGCUGCACUGGGAGAAAACCUGAAGCAGGGGAGGAUGAAGAGAAGCAGCCGGAAAGGGCACAGAUAGGAGUAGUUACUGUGAAAGUCGAGGAGGAAGAGAAGGUACGGGACCCAGAGGGGCACAGGGAAGAGAGGGAGAUGCAAGGGAAGGCUGAACCUAAGAAAGAAAAGGGGAGGGAGAAGAAUGAGAGCUGGGGAGUGAGUGCUUCCUUUGUAACCCAGAGUCCAGAGCGAGCCAAAGCCCCCUCGUAUACCAGCCUCCACACAACCACCUCAGUCAGCUGGUGCUACUUGAACUACGUGAAGCCCAACCCGUCUGCCCAGAGGGAGUCACAAACCUCCGUUUACACCUCCUGGAGCGUCAGCAUGCACAACCCCAACCUGCCAGGCCUGUCCACCAAGCUGGCCCUGUCCCUGCUGAGCUCUAAGCAGAAGCACAGCUCGGAGACCUACACCAUGGCCACAGCUCUAACCCCUGCAACAGGCAAGGUGGUCUCUGCCAGCAGCAGAAAGACCUACAUUUCAGAGGUACAUGCUAUCCCACCCAGCACCCCUGUCGAAGUGAAGGAGCCACCACAGCAGCCUGAGAAGGGGAAGAGAGAAGAGCAAGGGCCCUCCACCUCCAAACAGAGCGAACCUCUCUGCGUCAAAAUCUUAGAGGGCGGGUACAAGUGUAAUGAGGAGUAUGUGUAUGUGCGGGGUCGCGGCAGAGGAAACUAUGUGUGCGGAGAGUGCGGGAUCCGCUGUAAGAAGCCCAGCAUGCUAAGGAAGCACAUUCGAACACACACGGAUCUCCGGCCCUACAUCUGCAAACACUGCAACUUCGCCUUCAAAACCAAAGGGAACCUUACCAAGCACAUGAAGUCCAAGGCUCAUGGGAAGAAGUGCCAGUCAAUGGGAACGUCUGGGUCUUCACUGGACGAGCCAGAGACCGAGGAAGCAGGAGGUAUUGAAGAGCAUUUGUCUGGCUCCGAGGACCAGGAUGAGCACCAGUUCUCUGACGUGGAUGAUUCAGAGGAGGACGAUGAUGAGGAAGAGGAAGAGUCCUCAUCUCACGAUGAGCUGCCCUCAUCCUGCUCCUCCGACCGCAGUCUGUCCGCAAGGGGGCACUCCAGCAGCGGAAGACGGACCCAGCAGGGCACGCCUGACCCCUCAGCCCCAGAACUCCAGCCAGAUCCCAGCCCCUGUCCCAGCCAGGAGCUCUCUCCCAGCCGUAGAAUGUGGCCCAGCGGGCAUGCUUCCUCUCCAGAAAGCCGGAGGGCACUGUUCUCCUGCCGGGGCUGGGAUGCCUCCCCCAGGGCCUUCUCCCCUAGCAGUGAGAGCUGCUCUCCCAUCCGAAGCAUUUCCCCCAGACGGGAGCUGGCCUCCCACAACCGACACCUCUCGCCUUCCCCCAAGAGAGGACCAUCCCCCAUCAGAGCUCUAUCUCCCCUGUACCCCAUGCGGCCUCUCGCCCCUCUCCGGCCGAUGUCCCCUAGCCAGUAUCGGGUGUUGUGGGCCCGGGCCUCUCCCUCCCCCCUGGAGGUUCAGCAUAGACCUCGCAGCUCACCCAGUCGUUUGCCAUGGGACAUCCCCAGUUUGAUGGCCAGCGAUCGCAGACAGGUGGGUUCAAUGGAGAGAAUAGGAACACCAAGUGAAGGGCAGAUUGGUCCAGAGCCCUGCCUGUCAUUCCCCCCAGCUUUCCAGCUGUCCCCCAGUGACAGCCCUAAAGCCCAGUCCCAGUCCAUGGACCGAAUCUUCAGCCACCUGCCUCUGCACUCACAGCAGGCCAGGGUGCCCUACCUGAUGAUCUCCAUUGGGGGCAUUCAGAUGGUGCAGGCUCGUCCCCGCUCCCACCCCACUACCCCCACCUUGGCCUCCUCUCCCCCGAUGGAGGGGCUUCUACUGGGCCAGACCAGGAGGGAAGCCCCCUGGUGCAGGACCCCCAGAACUCAAGGGCUCAGAACUCCUGGGGACCACUGGUCAGACAGCCAGGAAGUAGUAGGAGCCAGCCAAUCAGGGCUGUGCAUUCCCAGUUUAACCCCACCCAUACAUUCCAAACCCUCCACCUCGCAGCAGGGUAGGAUGGACUCAGAGAUGAUAAACACAAAGCAAUAUCACAGCUCCUCCCACUCACACAGGUCUGAGGCAGAGACCAGAGAACGAUGGCCCUCACAUGGCCAGGCAGGACCGUCCCCCCCUCCCACACACAGGAUUGGACAGCUGUUUGAGAGGCAGGAGCCACCAGGGUUGGGGUCCAGAGCGACUGGUUCAGAAUUGGUAGAGGGAGGAGCUAAAGGCGGAGACUCAACCAAUCAAGACCAGAGCACUUAGUCUCCACUCUUUGAUACGUCAUGCGUCCUUUGCGCUUUUUGUUGCUACUCUUGUUUUUGGGUUUUGUAUUGCUUUGUUUUUAUACAGUUUUCAAUACAAUUGUUAACUUAAAUGUUAGUUCUUCUGCAAUAUUCAGGUUUGUUAUAAAAUGCACUUUUUUCUUUUUGACGAUUUCUUUAAAUCUCUCGAUCUUACCUUCUGUAUCUCUAUUGAUACUGCUAUCUUAAUAUAUAUAUGUAAAAUAAAUAUGAAUACAUUUGUAAAUGACCAAAAUCUUUAAUCAACAAUAAAUGCACAUGUUGUUUUCUCUUUGUCCAGUAUUACUCAAACUGUAGUUACUUGUGCCUUUUCUGUCUGGUUUUGUGUCUUGAGAUGACGACAAAGAUAAAAAGGCUGUGAAGUUUUGAUAUGCACUCUGUGUUUCCAGAAAGGGGGUUCCUGUGUGGUGUGAUGACUGUUCGUAUCCUUAAAGGGAUAGUUAAGGGUUAGAGGUAGUUUCGCAAGCCAAUGCUAACUAGCUGUACCCGGAGACUUCCAGUCUUUGCACUAAGCUAGUUAGCAUUGGCUUGCGAAACUACAGCACCUCUACCUUCAUUCAUACUGGAUGCAGAGAAAUAAAAAUGAAUUGCCAAAACCCCAAACUAUCCCUUUAAGGCCAUUGCAUUGAUGUCAGGGUAUUUUAAAAUAUGGUAUAUGAGGUGGUAUAUUGAAGGAACAGUGAGCGCUUUGCAAAGAAAAUGCACUGAAGUCAUAUUUUUUUUAUAAAAAAAGAGUUGUCAAUGUAAUUUAUUUUGUUAAACUAUGAAAGUGAUUCUUGUUUAAGUUCUUUUACUUUGUAUUUUUUUUGGGGGGGGGAAACAUGCCAUAAUUUUUUUGUCAUGUGUCUGUCUUUUUCAUAAUGUUCUCACGACUUGAAAUGGAGAUGGACAGGAAGGUCUCUUUAAGAUUGGAUAUGGUACAAGGAGGAACAAGUGCCCUAAAGAUUUUCACACACAGCAAAUGUUUUGUCUCUGAACCAAUAAAAAGUGCACCAGACUUC